UGGUGUGCUUCACUAUCGCGAAACAAAGAAUUAAAAUCCCGAUUGCAGUAAUGUUUGAUAAAACUGUGUUGCGAAAUCUCGCCUAGUUCAAGAUGCAAACAAAGUUUUGACUUGGGUACGUGAUCCUUACAAAGUAAGUAUUAAAAUAUAGACAAGCUAUACUAGGCAAGAGGGUUGACAUCUACUUUCCGCAUCAUUAAUAUCGUUUCCACGCAGUAAUGAUCUUUGUUCGUCAAAUUUAUACGAUGUCUUGAAACAUUUCUACAAAUUGAGAUUAUCUUCUCCCCCCUACUAACACGAAUAAAAUUGUAAAAUAUAUAAAAAGUUGAGCAGACAAAGUAACAGAUGUUACGUACAACAAUUGAGUAUGCAGGAUACAUCUACAAAUGGAAUGUUUUUAAAAUAAAAAUUAUAUUUGCGCGCGUAAAACACUCAACGGGAGAGCACAGGAGCGACAAGCGUAGGCGCGCGCGCGUUCGCGCGUUCCCGCGCACUUUAAAUUCGUUGCAAAGUCGAGCGCACGAGUCGAGUCGCGUCGAGUGAUCUCGAUGCGAGACUGCAUCGCAGUUUCUUUAGUAAAUUGACACAUUAUCUUCGCAUUAAAAGGACGCGACGAUUUUCGAUUUGCAUUCUGUUUGCACCGAUCUGGAUCUUGCAAACAAUAAACACGUGAUGUGUCGGUGCACGUAACUUCUUCGAAGGCGCAGAUGAAAUAUUAACGAUGCAACCAAACAUCACUGAGUAUACACCGCGAAGGCCACGAGAGAGAGAGGCGAAUUAUUAACGGGGCAAUAACGAUCGAUGUGCGGCACGUUGAAUCAACGAAAUAACGAUUUUCAGUCAUCGCCGUGUUACGUGCGCAUGAGUUCGUCGCGGCGCGUGUGUACGAACGGCGAGGCCAUCGCAAUCGCACGAAAUGUAACGCUCCUUCUUAAACUCUCCUUCUUUCGCUACGCUUCGAUCCUUUCAUCGUUGUUAUAACUGCAGCCGGGCGUGACUCUCUCGACUCGCCUAAUGAGAAACAAGGCAGUGAGAGUGAGUAGUAAGGAGUAGCGCAUAACAAACAAAUACCGAGAAUAUUUGUUAAAUAUAUCCUCUGACGAACAAGAGGCGUCCUCCAUAUGUAUUCGCUAAUACUCGCAUUCUACACUCGCUCUCCCGAAAAGCGAGGAAAGAGAGUUAUCAAACCGAUGUGGGCAGUGCCUUUCUCGCCAAGGUUGAUCUCGCACGUGAACAAGAAGAACAAAAAGUCCGCGACACAAGAUAGAAUUUGAAUUUUCAUCGGGUCAGUCGUGGGAUUGGUGGGAAUGUCGGGAAUACUCGCGAAGGUCAUACAAUCCCGUCGGUUAAAACGACCCACACAGAUCGGAGAGGAUUAGAAUUUGACACGUGGCGACCUUGUGCCAGUCAUUAUAAUUCUUUAUAGGUGGUCGCGUGUUUUGACCGUUGGUUUCUAUGGUAGCGAGUGACCUGGUCAGUAGCCAGCACGUGGUCAGUAGCCGAGCUUGGAUUCGGAGCGGAAUAUUUGGGUCGCACUGGUGGAACGCGCGCGCGCGCGUUCAAAUAUAGAUGGCAAUUAUAUCCGCGCGACUGUAAAAUGACGCACAAAAGUCGUAGAAAAACAGUAUCGAAAUGCAGAGAAACGGCGCAGCCUGUCCCGAAUGAAGACUGAAUUACAUGGGAGUGUAAAGUCGGGAGAUAUCGGUGUACAGCUACUGGAGCGUACAGCUAGAGGGAACGGGUGAUUCCCCAUCCUUUGGGCGCGAUGGGCGUUCGAUCCGUUGAGUAACCGAAAGAUGCUUCCACGUGUGAUCGGAAUAGCCGCGAUUACCAGAGACGGGCAUGGACACUAAGACCCCGCCGAUUCCGUUGAAGCUGCCGCAGGAGAAGCCUCAACCGAAGAGAACGGAACGAGUGGCCGAUGUGUCCUUGCCACCUCUGACACCGCAGCCGCAGCCGCAGUCGCAGUCGCAACCGAAUACGCAUCCGAGUACCAAAAGCAAAGGCACGUCGCACUGGCCGCAGGAGCAACAUUACGCAGGAGUUACCGCACAGAAUCGAGAUCGUCGCAAGGAUCGUCGUAGACCUUACAGGGUGCUACAACUCGGCGCUACGCCUUUGAUGCACGCCUGCCAACAGGGCAACAGGGCGAGAGUUUUACGAUUGUUGAAGGAACAGGAGGCAACGAUUGGUUACAGGGAUCGCACAUUGAGGAACGCUCUCCAUUAUUGCAUGGACGCGGCAACCGGUGGUGCUGUUGCCGCCGCGGCACCGGAGCUGGUAAAUGCUCCCGACGCUGAGGGUCACACGCCGCUUCAUCUGGCAGUGAUCGCGGGCGACACCCAACUGGUUGCGGUCCUGCUGGCGAAUGGUGCUGAUGUGAACGCCAAGGAUCUGGAAGGACACAGUGUCCUUCAUUGGGCUACUGUUUGCGGAGAAGCGGAAUGCGUUCGAUUAGUUCUAGCGGCCGGCGCGCGACCUUCCACCGGCGAUUUACGUGGUGGAUCUCCGCUGCACUACGCCGCCCAAUGUUGCGGCGCGGCCGCUACGGCCGAGCUCGCAGUUCCAAAGAAAGUCGGACUGAAGGUCCUUCAGACGCUUUUAGAAUUUGGCGCGGAUGUAAAUGCAAAGGACGAGGACGGACGGCAGCCGAUCUUGUGGGCAGCGAGCGCCGGUAGCGUGGAGGCCGUACUGGCCCUGGCGAGGGCUGGAGGAGCGGCGGCCGCGGGCACCUCCGACAAGGACGGUUUGACGGCGCUUCAUUGCGCCGCUUCGAGGGGUCACGCGAGAUGCGUGGAGGUGUUGGUGAAUUUGUGCGGAUCUCAGCCCGACCAUGUGGACGAUAAUGGCUGUUCCGCGUUGCAUUAUGCCGCCACCUUAGGCCAUGCCGACGCCACCGCACUUAUUCUUAAGCUUGGAGCGGAUCCCAAUCGGCAGGACCGAAAGGGUAGAACACCGGCGCUCUGCGCCGCGGCAAAGGGUCAAUUGGAGACCCUGAAGAUUUUGAUGCAGCACGGCGGUUCGCUUCACGCUAGGACCGUGCGAGGCACAGGGAUCGGACACGAAGCUGUAGCAUCCGGCCGAAUCGAGUUGAUGAAGUGGCUGGCGAAGAAGAGACCGAGCACGCUCGACGUCGCUACGCAGGACGGCAAGACUCCUCUUCAUGUCGCGGCCAUGCACGGCCAUUUGGACGCGUGCAAGCUCCUCUUGGACCAUGGUGCGAGGAUCAACGCGGUUCUGCGAACCAGCAAGGGCAGUUCGAUGACACCGUUGGACGCAGCCCUUUACAGAGGACACAGGGAUUGCGCGAAACUGAUUCAGAUGCACGGUGGUACCACGGCGGCGCAGCAGCUUGGAGCGCGCAAGGUUAUACCGAACAAAGUUUUUACAGCAAAAUUCCGAAUAAGACAUACCGAAAGUAGUACCGCGAGCGACAGUAGCCCUCGUAGAUCGAGCCGAGGACAUCCCGAGCUCUAUUAUGAGGAACGUUGGACAGAAAGGAGAACACGGCGGAAAGGUAAUCUGAGAAAGCUCGCACGUCGAGAUAGUCGAAGUUUCAGCGAGGAGGAGAUACGGCUGUCAAAGAUGUCCUCGAGAAAGGAUCAGAAGAGAACUCGCAGCGAAUCAGCGCGAUAUGACAACAACGGCAGCGGUGAGCGCAGUCAGCGAAGAAAGCGGAGCAGAGGAAGAUCGACGAGACGCAAACACGAAUAUUCAGAUUCGUCCGUCGAAUCGGACUACUCGAAUCGCGAUUAUCUUUACGACGAUGAGAAUGGCACGAGCACGCGACGACGACGACACACCGCGAGAAGGCGACCGGAGAAAGAGACGAAUAAAGGCUCUAACGAAGCGAAAGUCAAAGAUAACUCGAGGAAGGAGUUUGACGACGACGACGACGACGACGACGACGACGACGACGAAGACGAUGACGACGACGACAACGAAAACGACGAUGACCAUCACUAUCGCCGCCAUCGCCACAGUGUAAGCGAUGACAGCUUGGAAGUGAUCGUGGUGAAGAAAUCGCUGGAAAAGAAAUGCGAAAAAGUUGUAUCCGGGAGAAGAUCCAAGACUCCUAGAGAAAGCACGAAGGAGACAACACUGACUAAAUUACACAAACGUAGCUCUAAAAGAAUGUCCAGAUCCAGCAAGUCGAAAACGUCUGACAAUGAGGAAGAUACGACCGACCAAGACGAGUCGCCGGGCAAGGAAGAAAAGAAAGUCGGAGAGUCGGCGAGGCGUACUCGUCGCAGAACGUCGGAUAAGUCAGUCGAGAAAGAAGGUGGAGGUGAAGACAAGGCUGACGAAAUGGAAUCUCGGAUUAUGAAAUCCCAAUACGGGAUAGACGGGACGGAUAGCACUAGUCAAGAAACUGUGGAGCGAGUAGUUGUGACGGCGAUGGUUCAUAAAGACCAAAUACCUGACACUCCCAAGUCGACGCUGGAAACGUCGUUUCGUUCUUUCCCGAAGGAAAUUAGUCCAUCCGAUCUUCCAGGAAACGAGACGGAGCUCGUAACAGUGCUCACCGGGCUGGAGGAGUCGAAAGCCGAAAAGGCAAACGACAAAAGAGAAGGCCGGUCGAAUACAUCCGACGACGCACGAGAAAAACGAGAAACAACCGAGGAAGAGGCGUCCGAUAAAUCUUCCAAUUUAAACAUUGAUGUUUCCGAAUCUACUAAAAAUCUCAUCGCAUCAAAGAAAGAUAUUUCCGAAGAUAGAGAAAAAAUUGAAGAGAAGCUUGUGAUCCUGGAGGAGGAAAAGGAUACUUUUCAACAAGCGGCGAAGCGUAGUACGGAUCCGGAGAACGGAAGUACUGCCGGAAACGUUCAACCACUAGACGAGGAGACGAUAUCCUCGAAUCAAUUUGAUGUACGCGAAAAUGAUAAAAAUAACGAAUUUUCCGAUCCGAUUGAAAAUGUCGGAUCAAGAGAAGACGACGACGACGACACGGAGACUUCGAAGAACGUGCAGGAGGAUAAAAAGGAGAGAACGGACGCAUUAACGUUUGUCGAGCAAUCAGCAAACGACGGCAAGGAUUUCAACGCGUCCCGAUCGCGAAUGGAACAAGUAACGUCACCGGAGAAAUCGUCUCGCCAUAAGAAAUCUGACGAUGAACAAGCGAAAGAUGAAACAGACAAGAUUUCAGGAGGCAAUGAUUUCCGCUACAUCGAUGACAGUGGCUCGAGCUCUCCAAAACUUCCGAGACCGACCAAAACUCGACGCUCAAGGCCGUCCACAGGAAGAAAUACGAGGACGGGAAGGUGUAAGGCACCGACGAAGAAACACUCGCUCGAAAGUUCAGAGGAACACUCGCCGGAUCGAAGCGCGAUAGUCGCCGUGAUAGACAGUCCGGUAUGGGAUGAAGACGAAAUAAUCGAGAAGGAAAUUAAAAAGACUCUCGGUAAGGACUUGGAACAAGAAGACAAUGAAACCGAUGUUGCGCGAGUUUUGCCAAGUACGAGCGAAGAAGAGCUAACACACGCAUUAGCACCCAGUACAGGCUUGACUGUAUCUAGAACUUCAGACCUCGAUUCUUUGCCCCGGGUGCUAUCGGCAACUAGCAGUCGCUUAGUUAGAAUCGAGAAUCCAGAAGAAGGUGACCACCGGCCAUGGAGGAAGCAACGUCGCGACAGCGGAGGCAGAGACAGUGGGAUAGAACCGAGUCCCAGAGUAUCGAGAAUUCCACGGAGGAGAAACUCGAGAUGCUGCCCCAACACGGCGAAACAGCAGGCCCUUAAUAUGGAAACAAUCACCAGAGAUGUACAAAUUAGUUUGCGUCGUUACCAUCUCGAGAGGAAGAUCUUUUUCCAACUGAUGGAACUCAAAAGGCUACAAAUUCGUCAUGGUAGAGCAAAUGAGCAUGUCUUGGUAAAGAGGCAGGUGGAUGCCUUUCACAAGUCGGGCAUGACUGGGCCUACCCUUGGCGUCGUCAAGUACGAUCGGCCGUUAACGUUCAGACAAUUCGAAGCAUUCCUGUACGAGCAACUGAGAAGAUUGCAAGGAAAGCCGGCCACUCCGGAUUUUUGUACCGAAGCUAAACAAUGCACGCAGAGGACUCAUCGUUGCCAUCACGCGACCAGUGCUUAUACUUCCGUUCCAGUGUACACAUAUCUGGCUGGAGGCGUCCCAGAUCGAGUGGAUCAUCUUCCGAAAAUAGAAAGUCGCGGCAGAGGACACAUGACGGUGGAGGUGACGCACGGAGAGGAAAAACAGGUGAUUGCGCUUCCAACUGAGAGACUGGAUCGCACCAAAAAAUACUUUGUCACAUUUACCGUGAAAGGUGAAACUCGAGACAUCGAUAAAUUUGGAUCAGCUAAUACGAUACGAAGAAACGCAAAGAGCGUGUAAUCAUUUAUACAUGAUCUUCCUGUGUAUCCUGAUGGUAACAAAAGUCUGUCUUAGCCCGAAUCAACUAUAACAUCACUCAUAUUACUUUGUGUCUAUUGAAUUUUUCUCAAAAAGCAGCAUGUGAAUAAUUUUAAAGCUACAUGUUAAUUUUAUGAAAGUACAAUUCCGAGAAUAGAGUAUUUUAUUGCAGGUUUCCUUCUAGAAUAAUAUAGAAAGGGAAGAGAUCCCUUAAAUUUACCUUUUCGUAACAUUUUUUACUCGAAAUAUUGUAUUUAUUAUGCAAGGAAGAUGAAAUUUAAUUUUUUCCACAAAAUUAUUCCAAGAGCCACAUAUAAAACUGCCAGAAAAGACUAUGUGUGUGUGUGUGUGUGUGUGUGUAUGUGUACACAAAAAGUGUCCGUCCAUAAAUGUCCGAGCAAAUAUCUCGUAACUGGUUGAAAUUACAAGAAAGUUUAAUAAGCGAAAUUUAUAUGGCUCUUAGUCAACUGAAAUGCAUGUAAAAAAUUUUUUUUUACUCGUGACCUUUUCGAGUUAUGAAGGUCAACGUUUUUUUAAAUGGAUACCUAUAAUUUUUUUGCAUAUUUACACAGGAAAGAUAAUUUGCAAUCAAAAUUAUGCAAUCAAAAUUCGGUAAAAAAUUGCUACUACGUAUCGUUUAGCGAUCCACUUUGACGUAAUUGAUAUUCAAUUCUUCGAAAUGUACGACUCUUUGGUAUUCUUCGUUCUAGAUAUUUUUGUUUAUAGAGUAAUUGUGCUUCAUUUUCAUUACACAUACUUAAAUACUACAUCUCGAGCAUAUCAUACUGUUCAGUAAUUGUAAACAUUGUUUUUGCGCACUCGUAAUUUUCAAUAUAAUACGUACUUAUUGAAAAUAUAUAGACGACUGACUAACAGACUCAUACUACCCUGUACAUAAUAUUUUGAAGUCUGUUAUGUCGAACAGUAUCACUGACCUUUAACUUGUCAAACUACACGACUGCUUGAUUUGUAAGUAAAGUAUUUGUAUAGCAUGGAAUAUGAAUUACAGGGUAGCACGUAAUGCUUGAGAUAUGUUUAAGUAUGCGUAAUGAAAAUAAAGCACGAUUACUCUAUGAACAAAAAUAUCCAGAACGAAGAAUACCAAACAGUCGUACAUUUCGACGAAUUGAAAAUCAAUUACAUCAAAGUGGAUCGUUAAACGAUACGUAGUAGUAAUUUUUUACUAAAUUUUGAUUGCAUAAUUUUGAUUGCAAAUUAUCUCUACUGUGUAAAUAUCCAAAAAAAUAUAGGUAUCCAUUUAAAAAAACUACGUUGACCUUCAUAACUCGAAAAGGUCACGAGUAAAAACAUUUUUUACAUGCAUUUUGUAGCUGAUUAAGAGCCAUGUAAAUUUUGCUUAUUAAACUUUCUUGUAACUUCAACCAGUUACGAGAUAUUUGCUCGGACAUUUAUGGACGGAUACUCUGUGUAUAUAUGUAUAUAUAUAUAUAUAUAUAUAUAUUCACAACACUGAAAAGUAAAUAGUCCGCCAGAAAAGUACUUGCUAUCUCACUCGUACACACACGGAUUAUAAGUUUGUAACGCAAUAUAGUUAUUGUUACAAACAGUUGAAUAGCCGUGUGAGCUUUUAAAUCUCGUGAUUAGCCCAAAAUGACGAAUCGAGAACAAGAAAAGAGUAAUGUUGAAUGAAAUGCAUAUAUUCGACUCAUACGUGUUCUAUCCGUGUAAUCAAGUACGCACACAAUGAUAUUAUUCUACGUAAAAAAAUAAAUGAAUG